AUGAAUGAAGAAUCAAUAACGAUGGCAUUUUCUUAUCAAGGUGAUAUGCUUAUGGAACACGAUGAUUUAUAUAGCGUAUCGACGGCUGAUUUAAUGGCUGAUUUGUCGUUGAAAGAAAUCGAGAAGGAUUUUAGCGAAAAAUAUUUGAAAGAACGCGAUAUUUGUUUAGAAAAUUUUUCAAAUUGGAACAAUAAAGAUCAAGUAGAUUAUGUUAAACAGCUUAUUAGAAGAAUGUGCCACGACCAGCAUGGACAGAUUGAUGCGUUUUUCAGACCAAUUCUUCAACGUGAUUUCAUAUCAUUGUUACCAGACCGAUUAGCAAGACAUAUUUUAUCGUAUUUGGAUGCUCCUUGGUUAGGAGCUAGUGAACAAGUAUGUCGUACCUGGCAAAAAGUAAUUGCUCAGGGCAAACUAUGGCAAAAACUAAUUGAACACAAUGUGAAAACAGAUAUUGUUUGGAAAGGUAUAGCAGAAAAGCGCGGCUGGCUUAAAUUUCUCUUUAUCAAUAAAGAUAUGGCACAUACGUUGAUUUACAAAGAGAUGGGAUAUGACGAUGUCUUAAGUGAACAGCAGAGGACAACAUGCGAUUCACUUAAUGUGCAACAUUGUUUCUAUAGGAAACUUUAUCCUAAAAUCUAUAAAGAUAUUGAGCGUCUGAAAUCUAAUUGGCGAAAUGGCCGUCACGUUCUUUCACGCAUUACGUGCCAUUCCGAACCUAGCAGAGGAGUGUACUGUUUGCAAUAUGAUGACCAAAAAAUAAUUUCUGGUUUGCGAGACCACACAAUUAAAAUUUGGCAGCGUGAUGGUUUGCAGUGUUCACGAACGUUACGAGGUCAUAGCGGAUCAGUAUUAUGUUUACAGUAUGAUGACCGAGUAAUUAUUAGUGGCAGCAGUGAUACUACUGUUAGAAUUUGGGAUGUACAUACAGGCGAAUUGUUGCAUACAUUAAUUCACCACGUGGAAGCUGUUUUGCAUCUUCGAUUUCAAAACGGAAUGAUGGUAACUUGUUCUAAGGAUCGUUCCAUAGCAGUUUGGGAUAUGAUAUCUCCAAGAGAAAUCAAUGUUCGUCGUGUUUUGGUUGCCCAUCGAGCUGCUGUUAAUGUUGUGGAUUUCGAUAGUAAGUAUAUCGUUUCAGCAUCAGGUGAUCGUACUAUCAAGGUUUGGAGCACAGACACUUGCGAAUUUGUUCGUACAAUGGCUGGCCAUCGUCGCGGCAUCGCCUGUUUACAGUAUCACGAUAGGCUUAUCGUAUCAGGGUCCAGUGACAACACUAUACGGCUAUGGGAUAUCGAAAUCGGAAGUUGUUUGCGGGUAUUGGAAGGCCAUGAACAACUUGUUCGUUGCAUUCGAUUUGAUUCGAAACGAAUUGUUUCUGGCGCCUAUGAUGGGCGAAUUAAAGUGUGGGAUUUGCAAGCAGCUUUGAAUCCGCGAUCACCUCCAGAAAGCAUUUGUUUAUUAACUUUAGCGGCUAUGUUAAAAAAUCAACAUACGGGUCGAGUUUUUCGUUUGCAGUUUGAUGAAUUUCAAAUUGUCUCUUCAUCGCACGAUGAUACAAUUUUAAUAUGGGAUUUCAUGGACUCGCGGUCUGUUGGAGUAAAUGAGGAAAAUACGGAGAUCCUUGAUGAUGGUGCACCACCGGCUUUGGCAGCAAUAGCUGCAGCAGCCGUUCCACAACCUGUGCAUAGAGGCGACAGAUUCGCUCCUCGUGUAUUUCCCAAUGAAGAUGCCUCAGACAAUGAAGAUGAAGAAGAUAAUCAACGUGAGCAGUUGGCAGCUGCAGAUGAUGGUGAUAUUCAAGAACAUUUACGGGAGGGUUUUCUUCAUGGUCAAAUGAACGAGGAACCUGAUUUAUGA